UCGGUCAACUCGUAUGCUGAUUUACAUUAGUUUUAGGAUUUUGCACCACAGUAAAUAUUUAUAAUGUAAAACGACCCCUCCGAGCUUAUAUUGACAGGCGUUAUAAACUAGAUGCUUUUCUAUCAGUAGGCGAAAGACUUUUUGGAUGGCUAAUAGCCCGCUGUUUGGUAUUUUUUCUGUCGUUUCCAAAUAUUACCAGUUCGCCAGUAAGUCUGUUAGCCAGCUAACAUUGCUGCAUGGUAUCUGUUGGGUGAUUGCUGAUUAAUCGGCAGAUUAGUUUGCUCUGUGUUGACAGUUUGUCGUUGAUGUAGUGAAUGAUGCUUCUGUCGUGUGUCUAAAGAUUCCAUUUUCUCGUUUGGCUGAUACGUCGGGAAAGUUGAGGUGAUGCUAUCUUGCUAAAAGGAUAACGUUAGGUCGGGUUUCAUAGCUCAGACAGUUACUGUCUAGCCAGAUAGCUAGCAUUAUCGCCAAUUUUGUCCUUUGUUGUGGAAACGCUUGCUUGGACGAAGGAAUUAACGUUAACUUCUGUCAUCGGAUGGCUCCCCAAAAGUACUCAGGUCAAGUCAUGAGUAAUGCUUCAAAUUGCAAAACGAACGAUGUUGUCUACCAGUCCUCAGCUUCGGUUAUGAAUACGGUGAAGAAGCCUAAGAUGGAACAAAUUCAAGCCGAUCAUGAGUUGUUCUUACAGGCCUUCGAAAAACCUACGCAAAUAUAUAGAUUCCUGAGGACUAGGAACUUAAUCGCUCCAAUACUUCUACACAGGACUCUGACCUUCAUGUCCCACAGAAACUCUCGAACAAAUGCCAAAAGAAAAACAUUUAAAGUUGAUGACAUGCUCCCCAGAGUAGAGAGGAUGAAAGGGGAGCAAGAGUCUCACAGCUUUUCGUCACACUUGCAACUGACUUUCACUGGAUUCUUUUACAAGAAUGAUAAGCCAUGUCAAAACUCAGAAAAUGAACAAAACUCAGUGUCUCUCGAGGUGCUACUUGUCAAAGUUUGCCAUAAAAAGCGUAAAGAUGUCAGUUGCCCAAUAAAGCAAGUGCCUACGGGUAAAAAGCAGGUGCCUUUGAACCCCGAUCUCAGCCAAACCAAGCCGGGUGCCUUUCCCUCCUUGCUGGUGUCCAGCAAUGAGUUUGAACCCAGCAACAGCCACAUGGUUAAAUCCUACUCCUUACUCUUCAGAGUGUCUCGACCAGGGAAGAGAGACUCUAAUGGGUACAUGAACGGGGAGACAGAUGAGAAUAUUGAUGUCAAAGAAGAAUUCCCAGGCAGGAAGAAGAGAAACUCGUCACACAGAGAUGACGGAGAGGCUACGGAAACGUUCGUCGCGCAGAUGACCGUCUUUGACAAAAAUAGAAGGUUGCAGCUGCUUGAUGGAGAGUAUGAAGUGUCAAUGCAACAGAUUGAAAACUGUCCAGUCAGCAAGAAACGAGCCACGUGGGAGACCAUUCUGGAUGGAAAGAGGCUGCCACCAUUUGAGACCUUCUCUCAGGGACCCACGCUGCAGUUCACCCUCCGCUGGACGGGAGACCCCAACGAUCCUUCCACUGCUCCGGUGGCCAAACCGCUGUCCACGCGCAAUUCUGACACCAGCACCAGUGAGAGUAGGCCCAGCACACUCAGAUCUGCCCCAGUGGCUGUAAAAGACUCAGUCAGCACCAGCAUCCAGACCAGAAGAGAACAGUCGGUCUGCGAACCCAGACAGAAGCUACGCAUAUUUUACCAGUUCCUCUAUAACAACAACACCCGCCAGCAGACGGAGGCUCGCGAUGACCUGCACUGUCCCUGGUGUACGCUGAACUGUGGCAAGCUCUACAGCUUACUCAAACAUCUCAAACUGUCUCACAGCCGCUUCAUCUUCAACUACGUGCCUCACCCCAAAGGUGCUAGGAUUGACGUGUCCAUAAACGAGUGUUAUGACGGUUCGUACGUGGGAAAUCCCCAAGACAUCCACAGUCAGCCCGGCUUUGCCUUCAGCCGCAACGGCCCUGUGAAGAGGACUGCCGUCACCCAUAUCCUGGUCUGCAGGCCUAAGCGUACCAAGCCGAGCCUGUCUGAGUUCCUGGAGUCAGAGGACGGAGAACCGGAGCAGCAGCGCACCUACGUGAGCGGCCACAACCGCCUGUACUUUCACAGCGACAGCUGCAUGCCGCUCCGACCCCAGGAGAUGGAGGUGGACAGCGAGGACGAGAGGGAUCCCGAGUGGCUCAGAGAGAAGACCGCGAUGCAAAUCGAGGAGUUUACUGACGUGAAUGAAGGAGAGAAGGAAGUGAUGAAGCUGUGGAAUCUUCAUGUGAUGAGGCACGGAUUCAUAGCUGACAACCAGAUGAACCAAGCUAGCAUGCUUUUCGUGGAGAAAUGUGGGCCCCACAUUGCCCGAAGGAACUUGUGCCGGAACUUUCUCCUGCACCUGGUCAGCAUGCACGACUUCAACCUGGUCACCAUUUCCACCAUCGACCGAGCCAUGAGCCGUCUUAGGGAGAUCCAGGAGCAGCUCCCCGAUUUAGAGGAGGGGCAGAACGACACGGACAGGACCUGCAACGGCCACGCCCUCACCUCGGGCGUCUCGCUACACGGCAAACGCACCAAGAGCGCGGUCACAGACUGAUGCCGGUCCGCCGUGGGAAUGGUUUGGUUGUCAGAAGAGCGGGUAGUCUCCACAAAGCUCAUUCCAGACUUGUACUUAGCCAAAUGGGCGUGGAGUUUUUAAAAAAAAAAAAAAGCUGAUAAGUGCUUGGACUCAGUUAAAAGAUUCGUUAAGCAUUAUGAGCCAAUGUAGUGUUUCUCCUUCGACACGCCCCUACAUGGAUUUUUCCCCCCUUUUUUAGUAUCAGCAUACUCUCAUCAUGAUCAUAAGAUAUUUUUUAUCUCCACUUGUUUUUAUUUUUGUUUUUAUUUUUUGUUUUGUUUUGAGAGCCCUUUAUACGAAUAUGUGAGUUACUGUAGAAUGGGAAUAAUAUUAGUGCUGAAAUAUUUGUAUUCAUUUUAUCAGUUUCUCACUGUUGGAUCAGUGGUCUUUUAGCAGAAGUUAGCACUUGUUUUGCUACCUGUUACAAUGGCUGAUUUUUAUCUCUCAAAAUUGUUAGAUAUUUACACUGUUUUUUCAUUAAUGCAUCAAAUGUCUUGCAUUAGACUUGAAAGUGAAUGAGCUCGUACUGUUCCACGUUACAGUGAAAACAUUUAUCUACUUUGAAUGGAGAUGCAAUGACAUCGCCUAUUCAUGUC